UCGCACCGGGCCGGACCGGACCAUCUCGAAUCCGUGAUCGGCAAUUCCCCUCUCGCAUCGUCUCCUUCCGACCUCCCUCCCUCCCCUUCCUCCGCUCCCCGAUCCAGCUACCGCCUCCCCGUCGCCGGAACCCUAACCCUAGCCCGCCAUGGCCGGGCCCGCGGCACCCUCCUCCGGCGCAGCCAGGGCGGUCAUCCUCCGCCUCGACGACCUCUCCCUCCCCCCACGGUACCUCACCGUCCCCUCCCACCUCCGAGUCUCCGACCUCCUCGCCUCCCUCCCGCUCCCCUCCUCCUCCUACUACCUCACCUCCGGCGGCCGCCCGCUCCCCCCCACCUCCCGCGUCGCCGCGCUCCCGCCCUCCGCCUCCGUCCAGCUCCGCCUCCGCGCGCUCCGCGGCGGGGGCGGCGACGGCGGCGCCACGGGCGCCGAGUCCCGCGACUGCUACCUCUCCAUGUACCUCGCCAAGAAGCCCGACAAGGUGGACCCCAACGAGACCCGCCUCUCGCGCUUCACCUGCUGCGCGCUCUCCGGGGAGCCCCUGGCGGCGCCCGCCGUCGCCGACCGGCUCGGGAACCUCUACAACAAGGAGGCCCUCGUCGAGGCGCUGCUCCACAAGCGCCUGCCCAAGGCGCUCUCCCACAUCCGGGGGCUCCGCGACAUGAUCCCCAUCCACCUGCACCCGAGGCCGGACGGGGACGCCGCCGGGGAGGAGGUCCGGUUCCAGUGCCCCGUGACGGGGCUGGAGUUCAACGGGAAGUACCAGUUCCUGGCGCUCCGCGGGUGCGGCCACGUGCUCAGCGUGAAGGCGCUCAAGGAGGUGAAGACGUCCGCGUGCCUCGUCUGCCACAAGGAGUUUGAGGAGGCGGAUAAGAUGCCCAUCAACGGGACCGAGGAGGAGGUGGCCGUGCUGAGGAAGAGGAUGGAGGAGGAGAGGGGGAAGGUGAAGGAGAAAAAGGACAAGAAGGUUGGCAAUGGGCUGAGUGGCAGUAAGCAUGCUGCCACUGCUAUGGCGGCGGCAGGGGCUGAGAAGUUGGAGAACGGCAAGAAGGGGGAGGCUGCCGUGGCAAAGCGCUUCAAGGCUGCGGACCAUGCGCCAGCCCAUGCGAAUAAGGAAGUGUAUGCGUCGAUUUUCACAUCCUCCAGGAAGUCAGAUUUCCAGGAGACAUAUUCAUGCCGGUCGCUUCCGCUGGGAAGGAAUUGAUGUCUUGGUGGGAGAGCAUGCAUGGAGACAGGAAAUGGCCCAGAGAAGCGUUGUUCCAGGAUGCUGAAUUUUCUGUAGACUUUGAUACAGCAAAGAACGCCGCGUAACGGAGGGAUGCUUAUGUGCCUUCUUGUUUCUUGUUUGAAAUCUACACUUGUCAUAUCAUUGCUUCACGGUAUAAGCGGAAACAUCGUACUGUCAUUUGCUUAUGACUCACCGAGCUGUAUAUACUGCAUUGCACUCUGAUUAAGUGCCGCAUGUGCAACA